CGACGAUACUGCUACUGCGGCGGACACUGCAAGCGCGAGGCAGUACAUAAGGCAAGGCAAGCCCACCCCGCCGACGACGACGACACCAAUAACCCAACCCUUACGACUUACGACGAUGACAGCCCCUCGCGCAGUGUCCGCCGCUGGUAGGUCCCUCCUCCUCCUACGCCCCCCUUUGCGCGUCGCCCGCGCACACCAUCACCCCCAGCAGCGCGCUUUCGCCACGUCGCUCACCCGCCGCUCUGAUACCCCAGACCCGCGCGGAGUGACCCAGUACACGCUCAACGCGGACGGCAGCGUGCAGCACCGGCAGAUCGGCACGCGGCUGGACGUGCCGCUGAGCAAGGAGCAAGCGGGAGACGAGCCGCACCUCACAGCCGCCGGCGUCGACGCGUACCUCACCUCCAAGCUAGCACACCCCGACUACGCGUCCGACCCUGCCCUCCUCCGUGGCCUUGCGCGCGCCGACGAGGCCGGGCUGCCCAAGAUUGCUGUCACGCCGCAGCUGGGCCAGUUUCUCGCCGUGUUGACUAAGGCUGUCAAGGCUGAGCGCGUGCUGGAGAUUGGGACGUUGGGGGGCUACUCGACCGCCUUCUUCGCCAAAGCCCUCCCGCGCACCGGCCAGAUCGACACGAUCGAGUACUCGCCCCAACACGCAAAGGUCGCCCAGGCCAACUUCCUCGACCUCGACCUGUUCCCCUUCCCGACGGUGCAUGUCGGGCCGGCGCUCGACAUCCUCCGCGACCCCGCGGGGCCGUUUGCCGCGCCCCCUGGGGAAAUCGACCCGGGGUACGACGUCGUGUUUGUCGACGCGGACAAGGAGGCGUACUUUGAUUACUUUGUCGAGGCGCUUCGGCUGACCAAGAGCGGCGGGGUUAUUGUCUUUGACAAUGCGAUCCGGGGCGGGCGCAUCGCCGUGCCGGACGGCGCUGAAGUCCCCUCCGACGCCACUGGCCUCCGCAAGAUCUUCGACUGGAUCCAAGCCGACGCCGGCAAGACGGUGCUGUCGGCCGCCAUCCAGACCGUCGGCGACAAGAACUGGGACGGCUUUGCGAUCGUGUACAAGAACUAGCGCGGCGUCAAAGGAAGGAAGUACAUACAACAUGAAGUGGUGUCUAUGUGGA